AUGGUGUGCCAGGAUACGGUGCAGGCAGGGUGCCACGGUGCAGCCUCCGGCGCCGUUGUGGGGUUCGUCUUCAGGCACGAGCUGCACUGCUGCGGGGUGCAGAACUACUCGGACUGGGAGAAGACCGAGUACUUCGCCCAGAGGGGCAUCCCCCGGAGCUGCUGCAAGAGCCAGGACGACUGCUCGGAGGAGGAUCUGAAAGACCCGAGCAAAGCCAAGCUGAAAGUCUUUGUGGAUGGUUGUUUUUUCCUGGUGACGUCAACCAUGGAGUCCAAAAUGAGCAUUGUGGCUGGGAUCUCCUUUGGCAUCGCGUGCUUCCAGUUGGUUGGCAUCAUUCUCGCCUGCUGCCUGUCCCAGUACAUCACGAACAAUCAGUACGAGAUGGUGUAG